CUCACUCUCCCCUUCCUCGUGCCCAAAACCCAGCGAGAAGCCCCAAUGGCCGCCACCCCGCUGACCCCGGCGCCGCCGCGCAUCCUCCUCGCCGGCGACGCCCAUGGCCGCCUCCACCAGCUCUUCAAGCGCGUUAAAUCGGUGAACCAGUCGACGGGGCCGUUCCACGCGCUGCUCUGCGUGGGGCAGUUCUUCUCUCCCGAAGGUGAUGCCGAGGGGGCGCCGGGGGACGUCGCGGACUACCUCGAGGGUCGCGCCACCGUGCCCAUCCCGACCUACUUCACCGGCGACUACGGCCCGGCGGCGCCGCGGCUGCUGUCGAAGGCCGCCGCUGGUGCACGCGGGUUCGCGCCCGGCGGCAUCGAGAUAUGCCCCAACCUCUUCUGGCUCAGGGGCAGCAACCGCUUCACCCUCCAUGGUUUGUCGGUGGUUUAUUUGUCGGGGAAGAAGGGACCAGGAGGGCCUGGCUGCUACAGCCAGGAUGAUGUCGAUGCCCUGCGGGCUCUUGCAGAAGAGCCAGGGAUUGUUGAUCUGUUCUUGACUAACGAAUGGCCAACUGGAGUGACGAAUGGGGCUGACACUUCCAGUGUGCCUAAUCAGGUUUUGGAUCCUCAUGGGUUUGAUCCUGUUGUUGCUGAAUUGGUUGCCGAGAUUAAGCCAAGAUAUCAUAUUGCUGGUACGAAAGGUGUCUUUUAUUCAAGGGAACCAUAUGUCAAUGAUUCUGCUGCGCAUGUUACCCGCUUUAUUGGACUUGCUAAUGUCGGAAACAAAGAAAAGCAGAAAUUUAUUCAUGCGAUUUCUCCUACUCCAGCAUCUACCAUGUCCAGUGCUGAUAUCCAUGCCAAGCCUCCAAAUGCCACUUUAUCACCUUAUGCCGCUUCAGCAAAAUCAGUACCUAUUGAAGAAGCUCCAAAACGUCCAGCUGACAACACUGAUGCGCAAUAUUGGCGUUAUGAUGUCAAGCGGCAAAGGCAAGGGGAAGGUGAUGGGGGUAGAUUGUGUUUCAAAUUUACAUCCUCAGGGUCCUGUCCACGGGGGAGUAAAUGCAACUUUAGGCAUGACGAGGAGGCAGUGGAACAUUACCAGAGAAAUGUCUGUUUUGAUUUUCUAAAUAAAGGAAAAUGUGAGAGGGGCCUGGAUUGCAAGUUUUCUCACAGCCUGGAGACUUCUGUAGGAGACGCAAGACCUCGUAGCGAACGAAGGCGUGCGGAGAGCCGUUGCUGGUUCUGCUUGUCAAGUCCAGAUGUUGAGUCACAUCUUGUCAUUAGUAUCGGAGAAGCUUACUACUGCGCACUUGCAAAGGGUCCUCUUGUUCCAAAUCAUGUUUUAAUGAUACCUGUUGAACAUUGCCCCAGUACAUUAAUGAUGCCUGCGGAAGCAGAGGUAGAACUUGGGAGGUAUAAGAAUGCUCUGGCUAAGUACUUUGAGAAGCAAGGAAAGACAGCAGUAUACUUUGAGUGGGUUUCACAGCACACCCGCCAUGCAAACCUUCAGGCUGUUCCGGUACCAUUAUCUAAAGCAGACGCAGUUAAUAAGAUAUUUCAUAUAGCAGCGAAAAGACUGGGUUUUGAAUUCUCGGUGGUGAAUCCAGGUGAUGGUGCAAAAGUUGCUAGAGAAUCAUUGAUAUCUCAGUCUGAAAGCAAAUCAAGCCUGUUUUAUGUUGAGCUCCCGGAAGGCAAAAUACUCUUGCAUACGAUUGACAGUAAUGAGAAGUUCCCUGCCCAGUUUGGACGUGAGGUUUUAGCGGGAUUGCUAAGCAUGGCAGAUCGUGCAGAUUGGAGAAACUGCAAGGUCUCGAAUGAAGAAGAGAUCCAAAUGGUGGAUGAUUUCAAACAAGGUUUCCGCGAGUUUGAUCCUGCGGAGUGAAAAACAUGCCCGUUCCUGUUCGCGGCAUCUGAUUUAUAACUGAAUGCAUAUUUGCACUGCUUUUGGUGUAAUAUUGGACUCGUUCAGGCUUGCAUGCCUGGAAAUUGGACAUGUUGCAAAAAAAAUUUUGGGUGCUGUUAUAUCGGUCAAGUGAGCGUGCCGCGUGGGGCAGUGCGCCCGGCAGACGCGGCGCCGGCGGUCGUCCUCGAAGAAGAGGAUGCGGGCCGCGCAGGCGGCGCGGACCUCGCGGUGGCCGCACGGGGCCACCGCCACCCACUCCAAGGGCGCCCUGCACACGGCGCAGUUGCUGGGUCCGGCGGCUUGGACGUCGAUGGCAUGGUGGCUACUCCCAGCGUCUUCUUGGCCCAUCAUGGUCGAUCGAUCGAUCGGUGAGUACGUACAUGACUCAUGCCGCCGAAUCGAGACCGGCGGGUUAAUGAUUUUCUGGCUUCGUCGGACUCCGACACCGACUCGAGUUUCAAUGGGCACGUGUAUUCUAUCCGUACAGGGGCAGUGCAACCAUGUACAAUUAGGCCAUGUUUGGUAGAGCUUCGGCUUCUCAUAAAACGGCUUCGGCUUCGACUU